AUGUCAUUCAGAGCUACCAGACCGCUGCUUUCAGCCUUCCGGAAUGCAGCUGCUCGGCCAGUUGUCGCUCGCAAGUCAGGGUCGAUAUCACUAUCUCUUAUAGUCGGAAUAGGCUCAAUGGUCGUCGGAUAUACCCUCGUGCAGAAUCAGAAAAUAAAGGAGCGAUUCACUCUUCAUGCCGACUCUGACUCUGGUGCUUUGGAUCUCCGAGACGAUCCAAAUUCCAAAACUGCUUUUAGAGUCGAUCCCGAUACGAAUAUCCAGUUCCCAUUAGACUUAUCCCCCACGAUCUCCACGCCAUCUCCGAUAUUAUCAUUAGUAGGACUGGGAGUGAGGAAAGUCUCUUUCCUUCGAGUUAAAGUGUACAGCGCAGGGUUCUAUUUGGACGAAGUGGCUAUCAAAGACUUGCAUAAUGUGGAAGGAUGGCAUAAUUUCACCGCUCAACAUUUGCUCACUCCUCCUACAAAAGUCCCCUCAGCCUCAGAUCCACUGAACGCACCUCAGUUAUCGGGAGAAGAAUUGAUGAAGAACCUAUUUGAUCGACCGGUAGCUGUCGCUGUCAGGAUAGUGCCAAAUCGAAAUACCGACUUUGGACAUCUUCGAGAUGCCUUCACACGAGCAUUACAAGCCCGUCAAAAGCUAGCCAGAGCUAAAGGAGAACUGACAAAUGCUGACGAGCAGCGUAUAACCCAAUCGAUCCAAACUCUCAAAUCAUUCUUCCCUGCUCAAACUGUUCAAAAAGGCAAACAGGUCGUCUUACUUCGUCCGAGACAAGGUGGUCUGAUAGUCGAAUUUGAGGGAAAGGUGUUAGGACAACUGAACGAUCCUUGGAUAGGCAAACAAUUGAUGUUGACCUAUUUCGCAGACAGGGAAGUCGUAUCUGAAAAGCUCAAAGAGGAUGUAGCCAAAGGUUUGGAGGGAUUUAUGAAGAAGUAA